GGCAUUGCAAUUCUUUCAGAUUUUUCUUGGAAUGGUAAUAGCACAGAUGGCUAUGGAUCUUUUUAUAUCUUUAUGGCAGAGUGGUGGCUGUUAUAUCACAUUAGGCUUAAUACCAAGAUUUCACCGCUUUAUUAAGUGGGUAACUGUGUGGUUACCAUGGUAAAUCUUCGAAAGGGCAUGUGUAAGCGCAAUGAGCGCGUGGCUUCGGGGCGGGUGGUUGUCGGGUCCAUCAUCACAGUCCAGUUACCCACGACUGUACGACUUACAGCACAGAAAAAGCCUCGUCGCUCAUGCACCUUGACUCAGCGUCAACACCGCACGCUCAACCGGUGCAUUCGGUCAUUUUGAGAAGCUUGACUGUGCGGUAAUGUGCGUUUCGUGCCUUCACUGCUCGGUGUUCCAGCACCGCGCCCGGAUGGAAAUGUGUCUUCCGGGGAAAAGCAUCUUUCAGCCAACGAGACACCGAGCACAACACUUCGCGCAGCCUGGACAUCUGCAACUUUCAACAGAAGCUCGUGCCUUUUUAAGAGCGCGCGCGAUUUGAGACGAACAUCUAUGGCCAAACUUACGCGUCCAAGAGGGGAGAAGAGCCGUGGAAUAUCUGACCGAGGCCCGUAAGAUCGCAGACCCCUCGUUUUUUUGCCAUUUCAUUCUGAUCUUACUGCCGUCAUUCAUGGAUGUGCACGCAGAGGCGGGUCCGUUGCACGUGCAGGCGGUGGAUGAGCCACCGGGAGGCGCCACCGUGACCGUCACCGCCGCGCAGUUUCAGCCCCAAACUGUGCCGGGGAGCGACGGCGAGGAUGUCCUGCAGGAACCGGGCGCUGGAGUUCAGACACCGUCACCGGCAGCCGCGGAGGCUGAUCCUAUCACGGAGAUCGAGAGCGAGGAUGGAGCGUGCGCAGGGACGGACACACUGCUGGAGGACAGCGGCGGACAGAGCGCGGUGAAAACGGAGACAGUGGGCUCCAGCUGCAGCAACGAGAGCUGUGUCCCGACACCUGGAUGUCGGAUCUGCUUUCAGGGAGCCGAGCAGGGGGAGCUGCUGAGCCCGUGUCGCUGUGCUGGCUCAGUUCGACAUGCCCAUCAGCAAUGUCUGCUUAAGUGGAUCAGUGAGAAAGGCUCCUGGAGCUGUGAACUCUGCAACUACAGAUUCAACAUUCUGCCUAUACAUAUCAAACCACCACAACAGUGGCAGAGAGUCACCAUGACUCUGGUGGAGAAGGUUCAGGUUAUUGCGGUGUUUCUGGGUGGGCUCUUCCUACUGGCCAGUGUGUCCUGGUUGCUGUGGUCAGCACUGAGCCCGGAGGCAUUAUGGCAGCGCAGUGACAUCCUGUUCCAAAUCUGCUAUGGCAUGUAUGCAGUCAUGGACCUUGUGUGUAUUGGUCUGAUUGUUCAUGAAGGCGGCGCUGUUUACAAUGUGCUUUUACGAUGGCGAGCUGUAAACCUCUUAUGGGAUGUCCAGAACUACGAUAAAAGCAGAGACCUAGAGAACACACACAGCCCUCACCGCAACCUAUGGUUACCCCUCACACACACACACACGGUGUCGAACACACAUACGCAAACCACCCGACUGGAGUCAUCUCCUCGUUGCCCGCUCCACCUCUUUUCCAUGUGCCUGAAUGGGACCACCAACCUCUCGCCACAGGAGCAGGGCUCGGGCGAACUCGUUGUCAGAGUCACGUCAGUUUGACCUAUCGGUAAGCCCCGCCCUCUCUUAGUUUGCUACUGUUGUGAACUCAGACAAAUAAAGAGAGUUGCUAACUUUCUUACAACGAGCGCUUUGUCCUAAGGUGUUUUUGAUACAUUUUGGAGAUGGAAGGAGCACCUCUUGUUGAGAAGUGUCUAAGUGGGAUUUAAAUAUGCAAUGGAGAGAUACAUUUGAGUAAGUAUGGUGGUUAACAAGAUUCAUUUGGAAGAAAGCAUCCCAAAUUACCACAGGGUAAGAUUAAAGUCCGCAUGAACCAUAAGCUGUGACCAUUUUUAUUUUUUUAUUUUUUUAGAGAAAUGGAAUAUUAAAUGACAAAACAGUGGGUGUGGCUUUUUAUUUUACUGCGAUCUGAUUGGAUGUAGUAAAGUAGGCAUUUCUUAACAGACACCCCCUCCCCGCUAUUUCUGUUUGUUGUCAAAAUUGACAGCUGGAGGGGCGUGGAUAGGUAUGUUAGCUACACCCUACACCUCGGACAGACAUAAUCUGAGAAUAACAUUUUCUUAAUGAGAUGCACAGAUUAAUUUUUCACCAAAAAACUGGCAAUGUAAGCUAACAAAAUCAGUAAGCUUUGAUUUUUAUUUUAAUUUAUGGAGAUCACAGGCGCUAACUAGCUAACGUUAAUGCUACCUAUCUAACUUAAGGCAGAGGCUGUAUUACUACAAUUGAAUAACUUGCAUUGAAAUUAGUAAAGUUAAAAGCAUUGUUGGUGAGACUUACUUUCGAAUAAAUAUAUACACUACC